CAUCAAGGAAGGUUCAAAGCAGCAAUAACACCCCACCAACACACAGGUAUUCAUAGGAUGUGUGUGUGCGGCGGCAAAAAUGUCUUGACGUUUGUUGUGAACCCAGCAUUUUGGACCAUUUACAAGGGGCGAAUAUUGCGAGUGCAAUUUGAAUGGGCCUGACACAACGCCACACAUGCAUGCUCCUUUGUGAGCAACGCCAAUCGAUAAAUUCAAAGGACGCGAGGUGGUUGCCUUCUUUUGCCUCCCGUUUCCUCAAGAAUGUUAUGAGAUUUUCGCUAGCAAAUAUUUCCAGAGUGCGCUGCUGACUUAAGCAAAUUUUUAUGUGCUCUAGCGUCUGAAUAUGUGUGUGCCAUAGUGCUGCCCAUCAUCAUCUGUGCGGGGCAAAAAGGACAACACGUUAGAACAAAGGACAAUCAACUGUGCAGAGACUAUUUUUGAAGUGAAUCCAAUUUGUAACAACACCAGGAAGUACGUAUACGUACUUGUGUAGUCAGCCGGGACAACGAGCAAACAUCAACAACACAGGCACAAGCACCCGAGGCUGUGGCCGGUAGAGAGGCCAAUUGGACGCCAUCUGGACAAGUGGAGGCCAUCUGGACAAGUGGACGCCCCAAGCGCGGGCAGUGGAACGAGGUCGGUCCAACCCAUUGAUGUAGCAGCAUGGGCGCCAACACAUCGAGCAGAUCCGACGCGAGUCUGCUCGCCGACGACGAUGUUAAUUUCGACCACUUCCAAAUUCUACGCGCCAUUGGCAAGGGCAGCUUCGGCAAGGUGUGCAUCGUCCAAAAGCGCGACAGCGGUAUCCUGUACGCCAUGAAAUACGUCAGUCGAUCCGCCUGCGAACUGCGUGGAGCCCUGGGCGGGGUCAUCAAGGAGGUGGAGCUGCUAUCCUCCUUGGAGCAUCCGUUUCUCGUCAAUUUGUGGUUCUCGUUCCAGGAUGAGGAGGAUUUAUUCAUGGUCUGCGACCUGUUGACUGGCGGCGACUUAAGAUAUCACUUACAGAACCGGGUGGAGUUCUCCGAGCAGAGUGUGGCCUUAUUAGUGUGCGAGCUGGGCAGUGCCCUGGAGUACCUGCAGACGCAGCGAGUGGUCCACCGGGACAUCAAGCCUGAUAAUAUCCUAUUGGACGAUGCUGGACAUGCUCACUUGACUGAUUUUAAUAUUGCAACGAGGUUGCAAAAGGAUGCUCUGGCCUGCAGCAUGUCAGGGACGAAGCCGUAUAUGGCGCCCGAGGUGUUUUUGUGCGCUCUGGACGAAGUGGCCGGUUACAGCUAUCCGGUAGACUGGUGGUCCCUCGGCGUUGUGGCGUACGAGAUGCGGGGCAACAACCGGCCCUUUGUGGUGCAUUCAAAUACGCCGUUGGCGGAAAUCAAGAACAUACUAAACACGCCUGUGCACUAUCCCCGCUACUGGAGCAGCCAAUUUGUCGAUCUGCUGCAGAAGUUACUUUCGACGUAUCCCGGAGCCAGGAUCAGUACAAAACAGGAGCUGCAUCAAACGCCGCUGCUGCGCAACAUCGACUUCCAGCAGGUGCUGGACAAGAAGAUAAAGCCUCUGUUCAAGCCACCCGAAGACCACCUCAACUGUGAUCCGUGUCUGGAGUUGGAGGAGAUGAUUGUGGAGACGCGUCCGUUGCACAAAAAGAAAAAGCGUCUGGCCAAGCAGCGAUCUGCGCAACGCGACAGUGAUCCUGAGAUCGCGCUGGUUAAGGAAUUCAUCGUCUACAAUCGGUACAAGGAGCUCAAGCGCAAGGCCAUGGAGCAGAAGGAAAAUGACUGGCAGCGCGAGCUGGAACUGGCCAUGGCCAACUCCAUAGUCAACAGCCUGGCGCCCAUUCAGGAAAAGCCUGCAGCCUCUAUUGUACAGGCGGCCGCGGAAGCGUCCAUGGCUUCCCAAUCGAAGAGCGACAGCAUUGAGUUCAUAGACCGCACUCCCUCGCCGCAGUCCGCCGGAGCAGCCUCCUUAGCGGUUAGUCCUAGCAAAGCGAGCAGCGUGCUGGACAAGGCCGCAAGCCCCAUUCAGAAGUAAUGCCCUAUUCUCUAACCCCAGAGCGAGCGUCCUGCCACGUAUCAGGUUUCAGAGUGCACAAAAUCCCCCACCCAACGAUGACUUGGCAGGCAGCCAUCAUCCAUCUAUCCACACAGAGAACCAGAACCUAUUUUUCGAGCUCCACUGAAUUUCAUCUUUGUACGUGUAUAUAUAUAUAUAUGAACACUGAAUAAAAUUUGAUAUCCUUUAGGGUA